AUGAACAAAGCUUCCAGUAGCCUAGGUGCAUUACAAUUUUUUUCAAAUUGUCAACUCUUCGAGAUCCCUCAGAAAGUUGAAGCUCUCCGCUGGUUGCCGAUCGCGCGCCGGGUGUGGUUCUUGCGUCGCCCCCUUCCCCGAUGGACGAGGCUUCCAACUCAGAAAACAUUUAUUCAAACGCAAAGGCGAGCAGUAGCAAGGCAGCCGUCGCCUCGAGCUCAAAAGUUCAACUACUUAUCCUUAAUCAAUAAUGGGAGUGUCGCCAGAGAUCAUCUGGCCUCUGAGCGCACCUUUCUCGCCUACGUCAGAACGAGUUUAGGAAUCGCACCCUCGGGUAUUGCGCUCAUGCAGUUCUUCAAUCUUGGAACAAAAUUAGGAGGUUCUCUCAGCCGCUUGGAGCCAUAA